AGGAGCGCAGGAGAACGCUUCUCUUCUCCAGAUGGUGUUUUAAACGCAGACAGAAGGGUCAUUAGACAACACACCAGCUUCCAACCACUGACAACAACAACGAAAAGAAACCUAAACGCGAGAUGGUGCAGAGCGAAACAACGCAGAAUGUGUAACAUCAGUUAGCUGGGACGCGAAUGAUGUUUUUAAUGGACCGUUUUUUCGCGUUCAGUGUGGAGGGAGUUCGCGACGAGCAGUUGGAGCAUUAAAGGGAAGAUCUCCGACACACUCCCUAUCUGAAUCAUUUCUGUAGACGAGGACUUUGAGGAUUUACAAGAGACAAUAUUCACUAGACUUCUACUUGGGGACAUGGAGCAUCAGUGGCAGUAUUAAAAAACACAUCUUCUAUCUUCUAGGAGGGAUCACGGACAUCUACUGUGGAAUACGAUAUUAAAACCACCAAGAACGCGAGAUCUGGAGGACUUUGCGAUUUUCAUUUUUUGUGCGUGCGUGUGUGAUUUGAGAACUUUUUUCGCCCUGUGCAUUUUUGCUAAGAAAUUUGUUAACACGUUUCAAGAUUUCGACAUUUUAAAGGAACGUAAUACCAAAGUCUCACUACUUUAAUACUAAAGUUCCGCUGUGUUCUAGCUUUGUAUGAUAUAUUUGCGAUUUCUUGCAAUUGAAUUACCUCAUUAUUUAUUACUAGAACGAAAAGUCAACAUCGCCUGCGAUCCAAAGGAGUUCAGAACUCUCUCUUUCUCUCAGACGCUGUUUGAUAAUACGGCAUAUAUAGCCUACGCUUUUUAUUCAUUUGGGAAAGUUCACACCUUUUUCAGUGACAAUCGAGGCGUAAUAAUCUCCGUUUAGUUCUGUUUUUAUUUUUCGCGUGGAUUAUUCUUUUGCUGCAAGUACCUCAGUUUGACUUCGACCUUCAAAAGUAGCACAGGACAGAAGGCUGGAACGAUGCCAGAUUCACCUGCUGAUGUCAAAACCCAGCCCAGGUCAACUCCGCCCACAAUGCCACCUCCACCCCCUGCUGUCAGCCAGGCAGCCAAUCGUAACGCAUCAUUUACACCCACAACAAUGCUGAACGGGAGCAGUCAUUCACCCACAGCACUAAACGGAGCUCCCUCAACCCCCAACGGCUUCAGCAAUGGACCGGCCACCUCCUCUACCGCUUCUCUGCCCACCCAGCAGCUUCCCCCUGCCUGCGGAGCCCGACAACUCUGUAAGCUUAAGCGUUUCCUCACCACACUGCAGCAGUUUGGCAACGACAUCUCGCCCGAGAUUGGAGAACGUGUACGCAGCCUGGUGCUGGGGCUAGUGAACUCAACUCUAACCAUUGAAGAGUUCCACUCCAAACUUCAGGAAGCCACAAACUUUCCCUUGCGUCCCUUUGUCAUUCCAUUUCUCAAGGCUAACUUGCCCCUCCUGCAGAGGGAGCUGCUUCACUGUGCUCGGAUGGCUAAGCAGACCCCAGCCCAGUAUCUGGCCCAGCACGAACAGCUGCUGUUGGAUGCCAAUGCCAGCUCUCCCCUGGACUCCUCCGAGAUCAUGCUGGAACUCAACGAGCAUGGCAAGAGACGUACCCCGGACAGGACCAAAGAGAGUGCAGGGGACAGGGAUGUCUUGCACCCGGAGCACCUGGCCAAACGUCCAUGCACAGUGAGCCCCAGUCAGCGCUUCAGCCCAAGCAGUGGUUUACCUGCUCACCCUCCCCCCAAUGGCCUACCGACGCAUCCACCCAAUGGCCUUCCACAUCCUAACCCUCCUGCCCCACAGCACUACCGUUUGGAAGACAUGGCACUCGCCCACCACUACAGAGACGCUUACAGACACGCAGAGCACAGGGAUGUCCGGGAUCGUCACCGGCAGACAGCCGUGCAUGGAACACGUCAAGAGGAAGUGAUUGAUCAUCGGCUGACAGACCGCGAGUGGGCUGAGGAAUGGAAGCACCUCGAUAACUUGCUGAACUGUAUCAUGGAUAUGGUGGAGAAGACGCGGCGUUCCCUCACCGUGCUGCGACGCUGCCAGGAGGCGGACCGUGAGGAGAUGAACCACUGGAUCCGUCGCUAUAGCGAUGUGGAGGAUAUGAAAAAAGGUGGGAGCUCCACCCAGCGACCUCCUCCUCUUCCUCCCCACCACAACUCUUCCUCCUCCAACACUCCUAACAGCAGCGACACACAACCGCUAGAAAUCCACAGAGACUUCCUGCACCGGCCCCCGUCAGGCUACCUACCCGAGGAGAUCUGGCGGAAGGCUGGUGCUACAAGUAUCCCGCUCUCGCCAGCAUUAAAGCAACUCCAGAACAAGCAGGAAGAGGCAGUAAAUGAAGUGAAGAGACAGGCCAUGUCAGAGCUGCAGAAGGCGGUGUCGGAUGCUGAGAGGAAAGCUCACGAGAUGAUCUCUGCUGAGCGCUCCAAGAUGGAGAGAGCUCUGGCCGAGGCUAAGAGACAGGCCUCUGAGGAUGCACUGACUGUCAUUAACCAGCAGGAGGACUCCAGUGAAAGCUGCUGGAACUGUGGUCGCAAGGCUAGUGAGACGUGCAGCGGAUGCAACACUGCACGCUACUGUGGUUCUUUCUGUCAGCACAAGGACUGGGAGAAGCACCAUCACGUAUGCGGCCAGGGCCUGCCCGGGAGUAGCAGCGUGCCACUCGGGACACCAUCUACCACCUCCAUCUCCUCCUCGUCCAGUGCGCCCCCCACACACUCCGAGAGCACCCCUCCAGGCCCCUUGUCCCUGGUGGGGCAAACCAGCAGCAGUGGCAGUCCCAAGGAAGCCAGCUCCAGCAGCGUUUCUCGCUCAACCACUCCAGCAACACCCGCCCUGAUGGAUUCCUCGUCCCGCUGACUGAUGAACCCCAAAUCUUAACCCAUGCCCAGCCACGUCUACUGCUGCUACAGCAUUCUUCAUCCAAAACAAACUGAGGAACCUCCACCAUACUUAACAUCCUCUCAAAAUGAACUACGGCAACCUGGCUUCCACAUCUAAAUUAAGAUCUUGUUUUCUCAAUCUCCAAAAAAACCAUCAAGGCUCAGAUUCCUUCACAAAAGGAUCUACUGUGUUUAAAGGCACAAUAUGUAAGAUUUUUUUAUGAAAAUAUCCCAAAACCACUAGAACAGUGUUCUAUAUUUUGCUGACCUGUGUACUUAAAUUAUCCCAAAUGUUUUGAAGAUUAAAUCCAGAGAAAUAAGCAAUUUUAACUAGUGUA